AUGGCUACCCCAUCUGCUUCAUCUCAUUCAGGUCCAGAUCACCUGGUUACUGUCAAGGUACUCUACAAUGACAGUAACCGCCGUUUCAAGAUUCCUUUGAAGGACCUGAAGCCCCAGGUGUUCCCCCAGAUGCUUCGAACCCUCCUCGGCAUUCCGGCGGAUGUCAACGUCAUCCUGGAACGUUAUUCGGACAGUGCCGGUUCUUACGUUCGCCUUGAUUGUGACAACAUCGCAGUCUACAAGCAACUCUAUCGGGCUGCAAAGGCGAAGUCCAAGCUUCGUAUCAAGGUCACUACCCUCACGUCGCCUGACACAUCGGCAUCCGCACCCGUACCUUCAGAAUCAGAACCCGCUGUGCCGAUGGAGUCGACCAACCACACUCGUCACAGUUAUCUCGAAACCGUUCUCGGUUCACCUCCUACCAACCCUUACCCCCUCGAGCAUAACUCUGGAGUGAAUGAGAUGUGUCUCGAUGCGUCUCGCUACAUCACGGCUCGUUCCAUGGCCGGCGAAAAAGAGUUACCUCUCGGUCAACCUCGCUACCGCAACUUUGAAUUAGACCAAGAGAAACAUCAGUUCCCCAUCAUCUCCCACAACUCUCCCAACGGCAUGUUCUGCAUUGAUUGCAAUCACUGCGGUCGCUCUAUUGCAAAUGCGCAUUAUCACUGCAGCAUUUGCGAGAAUGGUGACUAUGACCUGUGCCUACAGUGCGUCGAUUCCGGCGUGACUUGCCAUGACGAAACCCAUUGGUUGCUGAAGAGGACCGUCGUCAAUGGCGUUGUUACGAACAGCACUACUGAGACGAUUCCUCCUCGUGCUCAAUCCGCAGUGGAGAGCAAAUCUCUAACUGCCCCCCUCGUCCAGCGUGAAGUGAUCACCAAGCCGGUGGUCCAAGUCCCCGAAUCGGUUCAAGAGUCGGCUCGGGAGUCAACUGGUACAAUGGCCCCAUCAGCUUCUUUGGACUCAGCCGCUCAGGGCGUCGAUAAGCCUAUGUGCAAUGGAUGCUGCCGCGAGGCUGAUGAGAGCAACCUUGUUCGCUGCAAUGAUUGCGAAGAUUACGAUCUUUGCCUUCGUUGCCUCCUUAGAAACAAGCACGGUCACCACCCCGCUCACACCUUCCAGCUUGGAUCCGACCGGAACUUCUGCUUGAAGAACCUCAUCACUUCGCGCUGCCUUCCCGGUCGCCAGUUCCGCCACGCCGCUGUCUGCGAUGGCUGCGAUAAGCGCAUCGUUGGGAUUCGUCACAAAUGUCUAUCCUGCCCUGACUGGGACUACUGUCAUGAGUGCGUUCUGACCGCUUCCGAGAAGCAUCCUGGUCACCGGUUCGUGCAGGUUUACGAUAAUAUUGCCGAACCGCCUCGUGAACAAGAAAUCCACUAUGGCAUUUUCUGUGACGGACCUCUUUGCAAGAACAAACCGGCUCAGAGCUAUAUCAACGGUGUUCGCUACAAAUGCGCUGUCUGUGAUGAUACCGAUUUCUGUGCGAGCUGCGAGGCUCUCCCGACCGAUCAUCACAACCGCACACACCCACUGGUCAAGUUCAAGACUCCAGUCCGCAGUGUGACCGUGAGCACCAUGGGCGACGAUGGCUCGCGUGGAGCAAUGGCCCUGGGAGACCAACUCCAUGCCUCCACUCGAGUGAUUGACCAGGCCGAGCUCGAGGAGCAGGAACCAGUUGAGAUCGACGGUACCAAGCCCGUGGCGAAGUUCGAGUCUCCUCCUGUCAUGAGCAACUCCAUCUCCGAAUCCAAGGGUCGCGAUAUGCCGGAGUACAAAGCAUUCUUCAUCCGCGAUACCAUCACUGACGGUACCAAGAUGGCUCCUAACACCACGUUCAGCCAAACCUGGACUCUCUACAAUCCUGGUCCCGCCGCGUGGCCUGUUGGGUGUGAUGUACGCUUCGUUGGUGGCGAUAAGAUGUUCGAUGUCGAUGUCUGCCACCCAUCAAGUGUCGAGUCGAUCCGCUCGGCAAUGGAAAGCAACAAACUGUUUGCUCCUGUGGAGCCAGGCGACAGUGCUGACUUCACUGUUAACCUGCGCACUCCUCAGCACGAGGGCUCUUCUAUUUCCUACUACCGCCUGAAGCUUCCUAACGGCGAGGCCAUCGGUCACCGCCUGUGGUGUCACGUGGAGGUGCAGCCUGCUGCUUCGGAAACCGAAACUAGCGAGACAUCCCCUGCUGUGUCUGAAAUGGCCGGCAGUGGUAUGAUCUUCCCCAAGCUGGAAAAGGAAUCUCCCGAGUCCAGCACUCACCAAGCUGAAUCACCUGCGCCUGAGGCACCGACCCUGUCCAACGCUUCGGAAGGGUCUGUUGUAGAGGAUGUUGAAAGCCUGACUCUAGAUGACGCUUCGACUGAUGCCGACGCUGGCUUCCUCACCGACGAGGAAUACGAUGUUCUUGAUGCCAGCGACCAGGAAUAUCUCGAUGCCAAGCAAUCCUCAAAUUGA